UCCGUCUGUCCAAUCGGUAUCACAGACACAGACGUGAGUCAGGAGCACGCUGUGGUGUUUGGCUGUCGCAUGCAAGUGCGAGCCGAUAACUUACACUGCAGAUAAAUAAAUAAUUGACUUUAUCUGGAGUAAAAUAAAAUGUAAACAUUGUUUUCAAAAAAAUCGUGACAUAAAAAAUAUUGCACAAUGAGGACUCGUGUCCUUCGUUGCCGGCCGUUCUCCACCCGGAUCCUGCUGCUGCUGCUAUUUGUCCUUGCGUUUGGGGUCUACUGCUAUUUCUACAAUGCAUCUCCUCAGAACUAUAACAAACCAAGAAUCAGUUACCCGGCCAGUAUGGAGCACUUCAAAUCUUCCCUCACUCACACCGUCAAGAGCCGAGACGAGCCAACUCCGGAUCAAUGCCCUGCAUUGAAGGAAAGCGAAGCGGACAUCGACACCGUGGCGAUAUACCCAACUUUUGAUUUUCAGCCGAGCUGGUUGCGUACAAAGGAAUUUUGGGACAAGUCCUUCGAGGAUCGGUAUGAAAGAAUUCAUAACGACACUACACGGCCUAGACUGAAGGUAAUCGUGGUUCCUCACUCACACAACGACCCGGGAUGGCUGAAGACGUUUGAACAGUACUUCGAGUGGAAGACCAAGAACAUUAUCAACAACAUAGUGAACAAACUGCACCAGUACCCCAACAUGACCUUCAUUUGGACCGAGAUAUCGUUUCUGAAUGCCUGGUGGGAAAGGUCGCACCCUGUCAAACAAAAGGCAUUGAAAAAACUUAUCAAAGAAGGUCGUCUCGAGAUCACGACGGGCGGCUGGGUGAUGCCGGACGAAGCCUGCACGCAUAUCUAUGCGCUAAUUGACCAGUUUAUUGAAGGACAUCACUGGGUGAAAACUAAUCUCGGCGUCAUCCCGAAGACAGGAUGGUCUAUUGACCCCUUCGGCCACGGGGCCACUGUGCCUUACCUGCUAGACCAGAGCGGCCUUGAGGGAACCAUUAUACAGAGAAUCCAUUAUGCGUGGAAACAGUGGCUGGCGGAGCGACAGAUUGAGGAGUUUUACUGGCUGGCGAGUUGGGCUACUACGAAGCCGUCCAUGAUAGUGCACAAUCAGCCGUUUGAUAUUUAUUCAAUAAAAAGCACGUGUGGCCCGCACCCUUCAAUUUGUCUCAGUUUCGACUUCAGGAAGAUUCCCGGCGAAUAUUCUGAAUACACAGCUAAGCACGAAGACAUCACGGAACACAACUUGCACAGCAAGGCAAAGACUUUGAUAGAGGAGUACGACCGUAUCGGGUCCCUGACUCCACACAACGUGGUGCUGGUGCCGCUCGGAGACGACUUCAGAUACGAGUACAGCGUCGAGUUUGAUGCCCAAUACGUCAAUUAUAUGAAAAUGUUUAACUACAUCAAUGCUCACAAGGAAAUCUUCAACGCUGACGUACAGUUCGGAACUCCUCUCGAUUACUUUAACGCCAUGAAAGAAAGACAUCAAAAUAUACCCAGCUUAAAGGGAGAUUUCUUCGUUUACUCCGAUAUUUUCAGCGAAGGUAAACCAGCGUACUGGUCAGGCUACUACACCACUCGACCCUACCAAAAAAUCCUCGCCCGUCAAUUUGAACAUCAACUACGAUCGGCAGAGAUUUUAUUCACCCUUGUAUCGAACUACAUCAGACAGAUGGGUCGGCAAGGAGAGUUCGGAGCUUCUGAGAAAAAGUUAGAAAAAUCUUACGAGCAGCUUAUCUAUGCUCGACGGAACUUGGGCCUGUUUCAACAUCACGAUGCGAUUACUGGAACAUCAAAGUCCAGUGUGAUGCAAGAUUACGGAACCAAACUGUUCACUAGUCUGUAUCACUGCAUCCGCCUGCAGGAGGCCGCGCUCACCACCAUCAUGUUGCCUGACCAGUCGUUGCACUCGCAGAGCAUUAUACAAAGCGAGGUUGAGUGGGAAACUUACGGAAAACCGCCCAAGAAGCUGCAAGUGUCCUUCAUUGACAAGAAGAAAGUUAUACUUUUUAAUCCGUUGGCUGAGACUCGAACUGAAGUGGUCACGGUUAGAUCCAACACGUCCAACAUCCGGGUGUACGAUACACACAAGAGGAAGCACGUCUUGUAUCAGAUAAUGCCCAGCAUCACAAUCCAAGACAACGGCAAGAGUAUCGUGAGCGACACCACGUUCGACAUAAUGUUCGUGGCCACCAUCCCGCCCCUCACCUCCAUCUCGUACAAGCUGCAGGAGCACACCAACACUUCCCACCACUGCGUCAUUUUCUGCAACAACUGCGAACAAUACCAGAAAUCCAAUGUGUUCCAAAUCAAGAAAAUGAUGCCUGGUGACAUACAAUUAGAAAAUGCAGUGCUAAAACUUCUCGUUAAUAGGAACACCGGCUUUCUGAGACAAGUCUAUAGAAAGGACAUCCGGAAGAGAACUGUCGUUGACGUACAAUUCGGCGCAUAUCAAAGUGCCCAAAGACAUUCUGGUGCUUACCUCUUCAUGCCUGAUUACGACUCACCUGAGAAGAAUGUUCUGCAUCCCUACACUAAUCAGAACAACAUGCAAGAUGAUAACAUAAUCAUAGUGUCCGGACCUAUUUCUACGGAAAUCACGACCAUGUACUUGCCCUUCUUGGUGCACACUAUUAGGAUAUACAACGUGCCGGACCCGGUACUGUCGCGUGCUAUUCUAUUAGAGACCGAUGUAGAUUUCGAGGCGCCACCUAAGAACAGAGAGACUGAGUUAUUUAUGAGAUUACAGACUGAUAUACAAAACGGUGACAUUCCCGAAUUUUACACCGAUCAGAACGGAUUCCAGUACCAAAAGAGGGUCAAAGUGAAUAAACUAGGAAUAGAAGCUAAUUACUACCCGAUCACUACCAUGGCGUGGCUGCAAGACGAGGAGACCCGGCUCACUCUGCUGACGAACCACGCUCAAGGCGCUGCUGCAUACGAACCAGGACGCUUAGAAGUCAUGCUCGAUCGUCGAACUCUUUAUGAUGACUUCAGAGGAAUCGGUGAAGGAGUAGUCGAUAACAAACCGACGACUUUCCAGAACUGGAUUUUAAUUGAAUCCAUGCCAGGCGUGACGCGAGCCAAGAGAGACACUAGUGAACCAGGUUUCAAAUUUGUUAAUGAACGUCGUUUUGGCCCCGGCCAGAAGGAAAGCCCUUACCAAGUACCGUCGCAGACUGCGGACUACCUGAGCAGGAUGUUCAAUUACCCGGUGAACGUGUACCUGGUGGACACUAGCGAGGUUGGCGAGAUCGAGGUGAAGCCGUACCAGUCGUUCCUGCAGAGCUUCCCGCCCGGCAUCCACCUGGUCACCCUGCGCACCAUCACCGACGACGUGCUCGAACUCUUCCCCAGCAACGAAAGCUACAUGGUACUGCACCGACCAGGAUACAGCUGCGCUGUCGGAGAGAAGCCAGUCGCCAAGUCUCCCAAGUUUUCGUCCAAAACCAGGUUCAAUGGUCUGAACAUUCAGAACAUCACUGCAGUCAGCCUGACCGGCCUGAAGUCACUCCGACCUCUCACAGGUCUGAGUGACAUCCACCUGAACGCUAUGGAGGUAAAAACUUACAAGAUCAGGUUUUAAAGACUGCUAGUAGUAAUAGGUGUAACACAUUUGUAAUUUUAUAAUAUUUACAAACUUUAUCGUGAACUUACAGCCUCACACCUCGGCUAUGUAAGUGGAAUAAGUAGGAAGAUACAAUUUUGAUGGUACUUUAGUAGAGCCUCGUACUAACGGGCCGCGUAAUAGUAUAAUGGUAUUAGAAUGAUUUUCGAUUCAUGUUAUGCACUCACUAAGUCAUUGUAAUUUGCGCCGUAUAACCUGAUGUUAUUAAUUAUUAAAUGAUAUAAUAAUUUAUUGUCGAUCCCUAUGGCUGUUUAUGUUUAACAGAAAUUUCGACUAACUAGAUAAAUCUACCUCAGGACCAAAUGUUAUACCUGUUCAUCUAUUGAUUCUAUUACAAAUGAUUAAUUAUACUAGUUCAAUUAAUUAUAGUCUAUUUGAAUCUCCUAUUACUUAUUAAACUUUUCUCAUUCACUUUUGUAUAAAUUGUUUUCUUCUAUUUUAAUCUACGACACGUUUUCUUCAAUGUUAUUGUCACGCUACACGCUAGCACUGUUUGGGCGGAGGGGUUUCAUAAUAAAUAAAUACUUACAUAAUAUGUACUGUGAUAGUGGGCAUGACAUAGCUGAAUGUAUUUAUAAUAUUUUAGUUACCGAUUAUUUUCGAUUGAUUAAAUUAUUUUGUUUCACGGCGAGAGCGGUCGUCUUGUCUAUUUCUUUAAUUACAAUACAAUAAUGUUUACAAUUUAGACGCGAAGUAUGUGACAUAUGAUAUUAGGUUGUGUUUCUUAUUUUUUGAAAUCAUUUAAGUAUUUUUUUAAGUUUGAAAGUGAUAUUUGAGUUAAAUUUAAUGUAGUUAGUUAUAUUUUUAAUGCGUAUGCUAGGCAUAUUACUUGAAAGGGAGGGUGUGUCUACAUAAUAUGUAUGAAUAUAUCGGACGCCUGGUAUCACCCUCGCCUUAGUUAUUAUAACGCCUUAUUAAUAAACAUUAUGCAGUUCUCAAAGAACAAAUAAGUAAAAUAAUAGUAAAUGGAAUUCAUUCGAAAAAUUAAAGAUCUGUGUAGAAUUUUUUAAUAAGGCUUAUCUUAUAAUUGCAUUUGAAGGACCAAACAUUAAUUUUCUUUAGUUUUAUUACAUAAGCUUGUUCUCGUAAUCGGUUAAUUUAAUCGCGCUAUUUCCAUUUUGUUAAUAUGUUUUGUAUAUAAUUGAUUUAAAAGUGUAUAAUUAUUUAUAUAAAAUAAGUUUAAUUUUUAUAUUAUGAAAUGGCCACUUCUAAGUUAGAAUUAGUACAAUUAAAUCGACAUAUUUUUUAUUGUUUAUGGCUUGUUGUAACUUCGAAGCAAGUUGUUUUUGAAAUCUCAUAGCUAAUAUUAUAAUUUUUAAUAAUAUGUACCGAUAUCAACAUUUUUCUACAGUAAAUAUUUAUUAUUGUGAUAAGGUUAUAACUUGAAAUCAUUACCAUCGAUAAUAUUUAGUCAAAGAAAUUUAGAUUUUAAAUAGUUGAAAAUAAUGAUGUUAAUCAACACUAAUGGUAAGCAGAUCUUGUUUGGUUUAUGCAUCUGUUUCUGAAUUAGUAGACCUGUAAUAAUCGUUGUAUAAUUUGGUUGUACUUGACGUAAUUUAAUCAUAGACAUAACCCUAGAAACUUAAAAUUGUGUGUACAAUUUUGUCUGAAAACUUGUAGUAGAUGAAAUAAAAUAAAUAAAGUAUA